AAGAUAACUUUACGUUCACAUAUCCAGUUAAACAUGUAAGAUGUUUCGCGACAAUCCCUCGAGUUAGGUAAAGGGUGGAGUUUAUGAAUGUUGGCAGGUGAGCGUUAGAAGGUAUUGGCAAAUGUAUCCUACUUUAGUGGCUGUUUUGAUGCAACGGACAGAUGUCUGAAUAGUAUUGUAGCAGAGAACACAUUUGUCAGUGAGAGAUUAAGAGAGUGUCUUUAACGUCCAAACCUACCAGAGAGGAUACACAACAUACAGAGCAAUAUAUCCCGGGCUGGGCAGCAGCUCUGCAGAUGGAGCUUGGUUCAGGUGACAGUAGUCCCCAAGGAGACCAUGGGUCCUUGUCCCAGCAGUACCCUGGCCCUGGGGUGCCAACAGGGACACAUCAGCACAACAUGGAGGUAACUGCUGAGAAGGACACUGUCACCAAGAGACCCAAGACAGAGGGACAGCAGGGCCAAGCAAAGUCCCCCAGGAGAGAUCAGGAUAUGAAGAAGAAGACAAGGAGAGGUAACAGAAGAAAAAAUAAAGGAAUGAAAAAUCAAGCUGACAGGGAUUCUCAGACUCAGAGUACACUGGAAAAAGGGGAGAUGGAGACCCAAACCGACCAGGUGUGUCAAACCUUGGAAACACAGACACAAGAACACGACCAAGACCACCAAGCUGAAACCAGUCAACAACAGGACCAGUCCAUGCAUCAGACUAAUGAUACAAAACAAACACAUGUCAAGGAUACUAAGAGAGUUCAGGUCCAGACUCAAACAAAUAAACCUAAAGGCAAGAGCCAGGCAACUCAGACCCCUAUAGUUGUUCAGAACACACAGCAGACACAGACAGAACCCUCUGAUUCCACUCAGCCAAUGACAGAUGAACAUGCUGACACCACUCAGCCAAUGAAUGAGCAAACACAGAACAGCAAUGGAGCAGGCAGUGAAGGAGCAGCAUCAGAACCACCUAAGAGGGAGAAUCCAAACUCUACUGAAGAGGUAAAGAGUAAGCCUGAAUCAGAGAAAGCGGUACAACAUUCAGGAGAAAGCUCAGGGAGUCCCGCAACCUGCCAGGUAGAAAAGGGAGUCAAAUUAACUACCAAGUCUUAUGCAGAAGCUGCAGCGGAAAAUAAAACAAAGACUCAGAAGGGGUCGAAAGAGCCGAGUCCUCAGACUUCAGAUCAAUGCAAAAAGGAUUCCAAGAGUAGAGGAUGUCGAGAGCGGUCCCCAGUAAGGAUUCCUCCUGGGAUUCCGAUGUUCACCUUUCAUAUCUAUGCUGUGCUGGACAAAAAGUUCAGAUUCAACCAAGAAUAUGACACGCUCUUAGGUCUAUGUCAGAAAGGCUAUCUAAUAGAAGCAAGUCUCUCAGUACUGGAAAGCUCAAUACCCAGGGGACAAAUGUUGACUUACCAUUAUCGGGUGCAGCAAAGGCAGAAAGAGAUUUUGGAGAUAGCCACAAGGAAUAUUCAAAUUCCAAAUGAUUCACAAAUAAAGGAGUUGCACCUUUAUGAGGGUCACAUUCAUCGGCUGGAGUCAAUGUGGUCCGUCCAAGGCCUUGUGAUUGGUGUGAUCAACUAUUGCUCACAGAGGCUGGUCUCAGAGCUUCCCCUGCUCAUUCCUCUACUGCACAUGCUCAGACAGCCGGGAGCAGACGCUGGCAGGCUUGGUCCUACUAUAGAGGAGAUGAACUGGGCAGGGCUUGAAAAUGUUAACUACAACAACUUCAGAGAGAGGAUCAGAACCUUUUCUGACAAAAGAAGGAUGAUGCUCACUUUGAUCCAGAAUCACAUUUCUGUGGCUAAAGAGAUGCCUCUGGUUUGGACCAGCUGGCUGUCCCUGGUGGCCUCUGAGGACCUUCCAGAAUUCUCCACUCUGAAGAGCAUACCUCCAGAACACAUGAUCCAAAGCCUGCUGUACAGGCUUAGACAGUAUGGGGAGAAUACUGAUGUCAAAACACAACAACAAAAUGUAGAGGUUACUCAAAAGAUCCUGUGCUUUGUACUGGAGAAAGUUGAAGAGGAGAAGGAAAGGCUAGCAGAUUCUGGGUUUGUGGACUCCAUCCUCUUGAGUUGCAUCAGUGUUCUGAAGAGCACUUGCCGGAUGGCGCGACUUGUCCCGUUCUACAAGGCAGCAGUGCUAUCCUUCCAACUAGUGCUGAAAGCGGCUGAAAUUCUGGAUGCUGCACUUGCAAACAAGACUCCGGAUGGUGAGGAGAAGAGACCGGAGCAGUUCCAGCUAUCUGACAAGCUUGGGGAUGUGCUGCAACAUCUCAGCCAGUGGAGAGACAAUCUUCUCUUCAAUGCUCUCCUGAAACAAGGCGCUCAGUCCAAAUCCCUCAGCUACCCCAAAGAAAUAGAGAUGUGGGAUGCCUUCCUGAGGGUAGAAUGCUCUCUGCAGAGUGUGUCAGCCCAGUGGAUGUCCAGCCUGGACAGAGACCUGAGGAAGAGGAUCUCUAGGGCCAGUGAUAUGGACAAGGUGGUGUUGUGCUGCCUUGAGUCAUCAGUGGAGGCUAUAGGGAAGAGCCAUGCCACCAUAAAGACCUGCUUUCAGGAACUGUGUUGCUCUGCCAUCAAGAACAUCUGUCAGGAUGGGAAAGAGGGGGACCUUAUGCGAAUGCUGUCCCCCCUGUCUAAGGUGCUCCCCCCCUCUGUCCUGUCUUCCAUCGUGGUUGAGUCAGCGGCCCGGUUUGAGAACGACCCUGUUGGUCACCUGCUGGACCCCCAGUCUGCCCUCAACCACCUCCUGUCUCAUGGGGACUGGAAAGUGAUCCAGGUGGAUGCUGAGGCUGGUGAGGUGAUCGGAGGCUGUCGGAGUGCCCUGGCCUCCCUGGUAGAGGCUCUGUGUCUGGGUCAUGUACCUGUGGGACAUCUUCAGACCACCCUGAAACACAAAGAGCAGUUCAAACAGAUCUACCGCCAGUAUAAGAGGCCUGCUAAGCUGGAGAAUGUUCCUGCUGAUGCUGAGGUGAUCCUGGCUCAAAGAGAGAAAGACCUCCAGGCCUUCUACCAGCAACACGAGCACGUGGACACACUCAUCAAGAUGAUGGGCAAGGUCUCAGAGAACAUCACAGCUCCAGAGAUCUCCACUCUGGAAGACCAACACAGAGCUGACCUCCAAACAGUGAGCCUGAACAGGCUGGUGGUGGUCCAGCCCUGCUGUUUGGAGAAGGGGGAUGAGCAGCAGACAUCCCCAGGGCUGGUUCUGUGGUACAGCGCUAACCAAGGGGUUCUGGAGAUGGCCAGGGAGAUGCACGAGCUGGGUGACAGUAACCUGCUGCUUCGCUCCUGGGUGGACGGGUCUUUAGAGGUAGCCAAUGAAGACCUUACUAGACCUAUCCCUGUACCAAUGACCCUCAAACAGGUCUGCGACAUAAUCUGGAAACCCCGGUUGAGUGGCUUCUGUCAGCUAGGCCUAAGGAUCGCUAUGUCGCUUGCCACCUUUGAGGAGAUCGACCAGGCACUGAACGCAUCAGGGGACCAGGGAGAGGGGUUUCAGAUGAGGAGGGAGCUGGGGCUGAUGUCUGGGAGGCUGCAGGGGUACCAGGAACUGGAACAAGGCUGGGUGGAGGUCAGGCUGGGCCAGAUCCAGGAGUAUCGUCAGGUCCAUCAGGCACUAGCCUCGGCCAGUGCAGUCCUGAGGAUCGCUGAGAGGAUGGAUCUUAGAGGAGACUUCCGUAAAAUCCACAGUCUCACCCAACUGGAGGAUGACUCGUUCAAGAGGAGGGUCCUGGGGUCGCUCAGUGAUGACCUCAUCCGUGCCAAGCAGCAGCUGUCCAUGGUCACCCCGCAGCACACUGCAUGUCUAGAGGUGUUCCUAGACAGCUAUACUCUGGUCAGCUGGGUCCAGGACCAACUCUGUAAUAUGAGUGACGUGAAAGUGUUUGUGGACCUGGCCUCCAUCUCGGCUGGAGAGAAUGACACAGAGAUCGACCGAGUGGCCUGUUUCCAUGAUGCGGUGAUGGGCUACAGUCCCUUGCUCUACUCUCUCUCCCCCGAGGCUGGGUUUGAGGAGUUCAUGAUCUCUGCUAGACAGGUGUGGGACACCCUACAAAGAGACAAGAGACUCCCUGCCAAAUUGAGAGACUCUAGUCGUUUGCUGGGCUGGCUGAAGGGACUGAGGGAGACCCAUGGGUCUGUGGAGCAGUCCUCUCUCUCCCUGGCCUCAGCGAUUAAUGCACAGGGGGUGUACCACGUGGGCUGGUCUGAGACACACACAGACAGGAGAUGUCUGCAGAGCCUCCUGGUGGUCAGAGUGAGGAAGGACCAUGAGGUGAAGAGCUAUAACCUGGAGGAGCUACUGGAGCUGCAGAAUAAGCUGAUGCUCAUGUCAUCCAAAGGAGAGCAUGGCAAGGAGCAUGUCAACAGGUUCACCCAGGUGUUUGAGGGAGUUCAGAGACUGGGCUGUAUCCUCCUCCAAAUGCAGUCUACUGGCAACAUGCUUUUCCGUGAGUGUCGAGCGCAGGUACAGUGUAGCCAGGAGAAGCAGCCAUGCAUCCGGGUCACGUUCUCCUCCCUGCGGGGUAAAGAGAUGGUGUACAGUGGGGAGGUGACAGAACAUCUCCAGUCUCUGUGUCGCUCCAUGGAGACCUGCCAUAAAGAAUGGUGUGCUUUCAUCAGCGAGAAACGUUCCCAAUUCCACACGCUGAACCACUACACAUCUGAGCAGGUGGUUUACCUGUGCAGGUGGAUCUACAGCGUGUGUGAGAGGCAGGCCUGUGUUCCUCAACAGGUGUGGCACCUGCUGUCUGCCAUUAAGGCUGGGUGCACGCUGAAUGAUGUCAGAGAGGCCUUCGCCACGGUAACAGAGGUGUUGUCAGGGACACUAUCUGGCAAUCCAGCAGUGUGGGAAGAGGAUGAUGAAGAUGAUUCUGGACAUUCUAUGGACUUUAGAUCAAUUGGACACAACGAGGAGACUGAGGAAGGUCUGGAGGACCUGUGGAGGCGAUUUAAAGAGGACAUGCCAAAGUACCUCAUACAGCAUGUAGACAUCGCUACUCUGGCUCGCUUCCUCUCCUGCCUCUCAGAAAUGAACCAACAGGAUGUCAAGAGGAAGCUGCCUCCUGCACUCCAAGAAGGGAAGCCCAACCUCGUCCUCUGCCCAGCCACAGAGGUCCUGAGCACCACUCUGUCCUUCUACAUGGAGAGCCCAGAGCAGCCUCUGCCGUCCACUGAUGAAGUUCUGGUCUGCAGAGAGGACACCACAGAGGAACAGGUGGAGAUCUUCCUCAGUCGAGCCCUGGGCCGGGGCGAUGGUGCCGUAGGGAGCCAGCAGAAGAUCUACACCCUGGUCAACCCAGGCCUGCUGGGGUACGACGUCAGUGUGGCCGUUGGGGAGCUAUUCGAGGACCUGGAGAGAAGUGCGGGCCCCCAUUACCGCCUGGUGAUGACCAGCCCAGUGAUGCACCAGCACAGAUACGUGCCCUCUUUCUUCAGCAACCACAAAGUACAGGCAGGAGUGGGCAUCACUGCAGAGAAUGCCAGAAGAUAUCUCCGUCACCACUUUACUGUUCCGUUCCAACACAGCUCUGUCUCACUCAUCUAUCCAGACAAACUGUCCGUCUGGGUUGUCUCGUCCACUCGCCCUGCAGUUGGGAAAUCCCUUUAUGUGGACCGACUGUUUGAGAAGUUCCCGCAGACUUCAACCAAGGCCCAGCAUGUUAGGAUCAGACUGAUAGAGCCACGGGUUGAUCUAGACUCAUUCAUACAUACCCUGUCAGAGAGACUGGCACUGUUGAGAGAGCAGGACCCUGUGCUGCUUCACAUUGACACUGCUGCGGUUAAUGCCGGUCUAGAAGAGUUCCUGUUCCACUUACUGGUUCUGGGAUGUUUGAGUGACAACAAGGGAAUGCUUUGGAGAAGAAAUGUAGCUCAUCUGAUAGCAGUUGAGGUUCUGAGACCAUACCCAACCCUUCAGAACCAACCACACACUAAGGAGGUAAUGAGAGUUGGACUUCUUGACAUUCUACCUACCAUCCAAUGCAGACCACCGAAGGAGGUAAAGAAGUUGUUGUUGACAAACCGGAGAACCUUGGACCCACUGAUGGAUGAGCAGGAGUUUGCCAGUGGAGGGAUUCAGAGGCCUUAUCAGUUCCUGAAACGAUUCAACAGAAAUGAGAACCUGGAUCCAUUUUAUCACCGGGAAGGAUCCAGAGAGGGGGAUCCUAUUGACUGUCUACAUCACCUUCUGGCAAACUGUGGAUUGAAAGAUCCGUCAUGGGCUGAGCUCAAAAACUUCACCUGGUUCCUAAAUUUGCAGUUGAAAGACUGUGAGAAGUCAGUUUUCUGUGACCCAGACUUCCUUGCUGAACACCUGCGGGGUUUCAAGGGCUUCAUCGUGAAAUUCAUGAUCCGGAUGGCACGGGAUUUUGCUUCACCGUCUAUGGACACUUCUGACCAGAGUCCCUCUCUGCUCCUUGAUGACAACCAAGGAGAUGACCUUCUGGCCCGUUUGACCAUUCGUAAGCGGUGGGAACGCGAGUCUCAUCCAUACAUUUUCUUCAAUGCGGACCACUUCUCAAUGUCAUUCCUGGGCUUUCAUGUGAUGAGAAGUCCUGGCGGAAACACUCUCAAUGCAGUUGAUCCUCAGAGCCAUGCAGUGUUGAUGGGAGAUGUGAUGACUCAUGAACUUCUACAGGGCCUUCAGCGGCAAGGGAUCUCGCUCACUGAAGACUUUGACGGUUUGCCCAGAGCAGACAAGAUCAAGAGGAUUUCACGUGUUGUUGGUGCCAAGAAAGGGAUGAUGAAGGGGACAUUUGAUCCAGACCCGACCUAUGAGCUCACUGCUGAUAACGUGAUGAAGAUGCUAGCCAUUCACAUGAGGUUCCGUUGUGGAAUCCCCGUCAUCAUCAUGGGAGAGACCGGCUGUGGGAAGACCCGAUUGGUCCGUUUCCUCUGUGAUCUCCAGAGGGAAGACAGAGAGGUAGAAAACAUGAAGCUGGUAAAAGUGCAUGGAGGAACCACAGCUGAGAUGAUCUACAGAAAGGUGAGGGAGGCAGAGAGACAGGCAGAUAUCAACCUGAAAACACACAAACUGGACACUGUUUUGUUUUUCGACGAAGCCAACACCACGGAAUCCAUCUUUGCUAUAAAAGAAGUUCUGUGUGACAGAACUGUGCAAGGACAGCCCCUGAAGGCGAAUACUGGCCUAAAGAUAAUCGCUGCCUGCAACCCUUAUCGGAGGCACUCUCCUGAAAUGGUGGAACGCUUGGAACGUGCUGGGUUGGGAUACAGAGUGAAGGCAGGAGAAACAGAAGACUGUCUUGGCAAAGUCCCUUUGAGGCAGCUAGUGUACCGGGUCCAUCCACUGCCUCCUAGCAUGGCUCCUUUGGUCUGGGACUUUGGCCAGUUGAGCAAUUCCACUGAGCUCUCCUACAUCAGACAGAUUGUCCAGAAGCAAGCCAAGGAUCAUGAUUUGCCUGUGGCGUGUGGCAAUGUAAUAUCAGAUGUGUUGGCAGCCUCUCAAAGUUACAUGCGUAAUCGAAAGAACGAGUGCAGUUUUGUGAGUCUGAGAGACGUGGAGAGGUCCAUAAAGGUGCUAGUAUGGUUUUACCACCAUAGCAACGACCUGUUCCCUGAUUCCAAUGAUUCCAGCGUUCAGAGGACUUUGAAGUGCCUGGCACUUGCAGUGGGAGUGUGCUACUACCCAUCUCUGGUUUCAAAGAAGCAGUACUUAUCAGCUAUCAGUCAACACUUCCCAGAACCGCUGAACACCCCAGAAUCACUGCAGCAGGUGAUUACGUCAUGUCAAGACUUCUUCCUCGAGAACAUAGAGACAAGGGAGACAGUGGCCAAGAACAUAGCGCUCAAAGAGAACGUGUUCCUCAUGGUGGUCUGCAUUGAGCUCAGGAUUCCACUCUUUCUGGUUGGCAAACCAGGGAGCUCUAAGUCCCUGGCCAAGACUGUGGUUGCGGACGCCAUGCAGGGCCAAGCGUCCCACUGUAGCCUCUUCCAGAAGCUCAAGCAGGUGCACAUGGUCUCCUUCCAGUGCAGUCCUCACUCCAGCCCUGAGGGCAUCAUUGGAACUUUCAGGAACUGUGCCCGAUUCCAGAAAGACAAAAACAUGGAUGAGUAUGUGUCAGUGGUGGUGCUGGAUGAGAUUGGGUUAGCAGAAGACUCCCCACAGAUGCCCUUGAAGACCCUUCAUCCCCUCUUGGAGGAUGGCUGCAUUGACAAUGACAGGCCAGACCCAUACAUGAAGGUUGGGUUUGUUGGGAUCUCAAACUGGGCUCUGGACCCGGCAAAGAUGAACAGGGGGAUCUUUGUGUCUCGGUGGGAUCCGAGUGAGGAUGAGCUGGUGGAAACAGCCAAAGGGAUCUGCUCAUCCUCCAUCCCAAUUCUUCUGAAAAUCAAACACCUCUUUCCGCUGUUAGCGAAGGCCUUUUUGAAUAUUUGUAAAGAGACAGCGAAGAACCAGUUCUUUGGUCUCAGAGACUAUUACAGUCUGGUGAAAAUGCUUUUUGCCACAGUCAAAUGUUCAGAAAAAGAACCAAACGACAGAGAGUUGGCAGAAGCCAUCUUGCGUAACUUCAGUGGACAACCUGAAGACUUUGAUCCUGUCAAUUUCUUCCAAGAUGUCUCCCAGAACCUCAGAGACGUUCCCAGACCAAGUACUCUGCAAAUGGUUGAACAAAAUCUUGCCCGAGACAACAACCAAGAAAGCCGGUACCUCCUUCUUCUAACCACCAACAAUGCAGCCCUCCAUAUCCUUCAGCAGCAAGUCUUUGCCAUGGCAGACUAUGCAUCCCCUGAGAUUGUGUUUGGCUCAGGCUUUCCCAAGGAUCAGGAAUAUGCCCAGAUAUGCCGAAAUGUGAACCGGGUGAAGACCUGCAUGGAAACAGGCCGUACUGUCAUCCUUCUGAACCUACAGAACCUCUAUGAGAGCCUGUACGAUGCCUUGAACCAGUACUAUGUAUAUCUGAGUGGGCAGCAGUAUGUGGAUUUGGGGCUGGGGUCCCACAGGGUAAAGUGUCGUGUCCACAGGGACUUCAGGCUGGUGGUGAUAGAGGACCAGAUGAAGGUCUACACACAAUUCCCAGUGCCACUCAUCAACAGGCUGGAAAAACACAGGGUGGACAGAAGCACAGACCUGACUCCCUGGCAGCACAGGGUUCUGGCCAAACUCAAAGAGUGGGUGCAGGACUUCUCUGGCACUGCGGUGUCAGAAGAUUUCCAACUGUCUGAUGUUUUUGUUGGUUUCCAUGGGGAUGCCUGUGCGAGUGCUCUCUUGCAGGCCCUGGAGAGUAGGGAGCAUCAGAGGGAUCAGGCUAAAGAAGGGGCUGAUCCUUGUGUUAUGGAUAUGGAUGCUGAUGAUGAAGAGAAGAAGAACAUUUCAAUGGAUGAGGCUGAGGAUGAUGUUCUCAUGGAGGUGGUAGAUGAUCAAGAUGGAGAACCGGCAUGCACACCUACCAAUAGCGAAGUAGAUGAUGAUUACAUGGCAAUGGAUGCGGACAAAGAUUAUGUGGAGACGGGAAACAGUCAGUCUAAAGGGACAGAUGAGGAAGAGGUCUUUGAAUCAGCCAAGGGUUACCUGUUGAAUUGUGCCACACCUGACUCAGUUCUAAGACUGAAGUACACAGACCUCGGAAAUCAGGAGAAAGAGAGACUUCAGAAGAUGUACUUUCAUCAUCAGCAUAAUCACUCACUAAGGGACUUCAUGAAGAGCCACUUGUCAUCAGAGAACUCCAGCAAGUUUAUUGAAGUCACCACAUUCUCCAGUUUGCUCACCAAAUCUGACGUGCGAGGGUUGGCUCACGCUCUGGGCCUGCACACCCAAACUUUCCUCCUGCUGUCUCUUCACCAAUUUGACACAGAGGUAUCCUUCUGCAGCAAGAUACGCGCCUUCCUACAAGAUGCUGGUCCGUCCAUCCGUAUUCUGGUCGUUCAGAUGGACAUAGAGGACUCUCACUGCAGCGACGAGCUGAUAGCAUCAGCAAAGUACUGCACUCUGAACUACCUGAUAACACUGGAGUCAGAUCAGUCCUGUUAUGUGGUCUUCAUCACCAAGCUGUCCCGCAUUCAGAGUGGAGGAUCUCAGUACAUUGGCUUCCAAGGAGGUGUCUGGCUUUCAGUGCACAUUGAUCACCUCAGGGACACAGAAGACAUGAGCUUGAACUUGUCAGUUUUCUGCGGAAUGCCAAUCAGCAAGCUUGUCCCACCUGCACAGUCAGGUAUAGAGACCAGUGAGUCUGUUAAUGCCCAAGCAGAGACGGCACACCUGCACAGUUUAUCCCUGGUGAGGUCCUGCGUUCAGAAAGCAGUGGGUUUGCUGAGAGACCCCAAUGACAUGACCUCCAGGAGCAUGCAGCGCAUGAACAUACUGCUGGGGCUUCUUGGAGAGAAACACGGAGAGAUGGGAGCUCUUUUCCAGAAUGCGUUGCUGGGUAGACUGGCAGGGACCCUGGUACAGAGGGAGGAGCUGGUUCACAAUCCAGGAGAGUGGGUGAACAGAGAAGCCAAGAAACGCCAGGCUCUACAGGAGGGUGGCACUCUAAGACACACCCUAUGGCGCUGUCUGCAGUCCACCCUGACUCCAGUCCUGGCCUAUAUGGUGGAGGUUCUGGACAGGGAUGCAAACCUGGACCUGCUGAUCUCUGCUGGCCUCAGUCAGGCCCUCAUACAGCUUUGGUUGGACAUUCUGGCAGACAGACAGAUUCUGGACCUUACACCACCACAAAACUCCAGUGGGUCCGACCAGGAGGUCUUGGUGCAACAUUACUUACUGUUGGGUGGUGAGGAACACCCCUGUGCUGCCCCCUUCAGUUGGCUCAUGAGAAUGCACUUCCAAAGCCUGUGGGAGGAAUCAGAGUUUAUACCAGGUGAGUGACAACCUUUCACCCAGAGGAUUGUCCAGUUUGUGAGCACUGCCACCAGUAGCAAGCUGGGUAGCCUUAUAGGGAAACUCUCAGACCAGGAGCACCUGGACUUGGACAAACGAUACCUGCGUGACUUCCUGCUGCUUUCCUUCAAGAUCAAAUCUGAAGAUGAGCUGAGGGUGUUCACCAGAGCGGCGCUGGGCUGUGUGUCUGAACUCCAGCGUUCCAUGACCAUGAACCCUGAUCUGUCCCCUGCCUGGGUGAUGGCUGCAGCUAGACACUAUGCUCCCAGACUGGACACUCUGUCCCAUAUCCUGCUGCUGCAGCCCCAGCUGGCUCCAGACAUUCUACAGCAGGCCUCACACACAAAGCCCACAGACAUGCUGGAGGACAUUUUGGCUCUUGGAAUUUGUGUGGAGAGGACCAGGCUGCAGACUGUGACGUCCCUGACAGAGUGUGAGUCCCUCUUACGCAGAGUGGAGCUCCUACAGCCAUGUCUGGAUAGAGCAUUCGGUGAGAAGUACAGCUCCCUCUGCAACCCUGGCUGUCUCCAGCACCUGGACUCUAUCAGGUCUAUUUGGCGUGGGAUGCUUGUAGUAGCAGCAUUCAUCCAGCAGGUGUUGUUUGAGGGGAAACAGAUAGACCCCAGUCUGGAGGAUCUGGCUCUGAAACACUGUAGGCUUCUCCAAAGCCUGAUGCAGGACUCUCCUGAUCUGAGGAAUGUUGACACAUUGCAGCAGCUGAUUCGUAUCCUCAACUCCUAUCAUCAACAGUGCAUCAGCGGGGAUCUGCGGUUUGGCAUCAUUUGCCCAGUGUGCCUAUCAGAGCUCAAAGUGCCAUCCACCCUGCCCUGUGGACAUGUUUUCUGUCUGUCCUGCCUCCAGAGCAGCCUCCAGACAGACAGGCAUUACUGUCCCAAGUGCAGGGAAGACCUGCCACCAAACUUCCAACCCUCUGUAUCUGAAACCAUCACGUCAGCCCUGCAGCAGCAUGCAGAGAUCAGGGGCUGCUGUAACUCCUUCUUCCUGGAGGUCGUUUCCCGGUUCUGUCUGUCUGACGGGGAGAGCCCCAGAGAGGGUGUCGUAGAGCUGCUUUUCUCACUACUAAUCUCUGCACAAGGGAAUGUAUACAGGACCAGAGAGCUCACUCCCUUCCUAGAGUGUGUUGACAACAGUCCUGUUGUCCGCUCUGUACUACCUAAACUCCUGCUGCAAUACAGUUUUGAGCAGGUGAAAGGUCACAUCCAGAACUACUUACAGAGCCUAGAGAAGAACAUCUUGGAGAGGGAGGAUCACACUGAGCUCUACCUGCUCUUUGUCAACUGCUUCCAGGAUUCCUUGCAGUGUUCCGGAAGUUUAGUGAUGGAGGAGGGGAGAGAGCAGCAGAGGAAACUGCAGGAGGACACACUGUUCCUGGGUAGGCUAGCCAGGAAGCAGACCCCUGGAAGACUGGAGGACCCAGCUGAGUUCCUGCUGAGCAUGGCUCGUCUGAGGCUCUGCCUGGGCACCGCUGCCCGCCUGCUACAGAAGGCUGUGGCCCAGGGUGAUGAUGUGGAGGCUCAGUACCUGUCUCAGGUGAAGGCAGUGUGUGAGUACGGAGGUAACGACUGGUUCAGAGUGUUCCUGCUGAGAGCGGUCAAUAGACAGGCAGGGAUAGACUGUGUCCUGGCCCUGAUGCACAGAUCCUCAUCCUGGGGAUGGGCCUUCCCUCCAGAGUUCCUCCGACUCCAGAGGCUGUUUCCAGCAGAGGUGGACCGGUUCCUGUGCUGUGGUCCGUCGUACCAGGCCCUGAGGGACGGGGUGACUCAGGCCCUGCUAGACGCUCAUACUGACCCCCUCCGGACAACGCUGCAGAAUCUGAGCUGCUCCAGAGCUCCAGCCCAAGUGCUCCUAGUCCUGGCUUCGUUCAGACAGGUCACCUGUCGUUUCGCAUCACCUGAUUCCAAAAUUCACCCCACUCCACAGGAGACAAGGAAACUGGAUGACUUCCUGAAGCACAGCCUACCAGGUGAAUUCAGAGAGCUCUGCACAGCGCUGUUAUCCAAUCAGAUAGGUGGACUCCAGAUCUCCCAGAUUGUCCCACCUCAACGGCGCCUCCUUUUGGAGCUCCUGGUCCAUGCAUACGCUGUGCUCCUCAGUGGGACUACACUGCUGGCUCCACUCCACCAGAUAGCUUCCCAGCCUCAAAAUAUGACGGGCUCCUAUUUGCCCACCAUGCCAGAUGAUCACACUAGUGAGGCUCGCCAGUGGAUGACUAAAGAGGACAAAAUCAAGAUGUACUUUUGUGCCAACGGUCAUGCGUGUUUUGUUGGAGAGUGCGGGAAACCAGUGGCAAAAUCCAAAUGCCUUGACUGCGGUGUUCCAGUUGGUGGUGUUAGUCAUAACCCAGUUGAUGGAUUUACUGCUGCUCAACAAAGUGUGGGGGAUCAGACCAGGACGGGUCACAUUUUGGGAGAGGCUUAUCGUAGGGCUGAGGCCCCAGAGAGACAGAUGUCACCAGCCCAGUCCAGUAUCCUUCGACUGCUCAACCACCUGGCCAUGCUGCAAGGGACCAUCAAAAACUACCAGGCAGUCAGUCAGAUGAUCCACCCUGGUGUCCGAGAUGUCCUGGGGUUCAUGUGGAGCCACCUUGAGAAGGACAUGGAGGUGCUGGGUCGGACACUGGAUCAGAACAUGGACAACACGGCUGUUAUAAUUCAUCUGGUUCUCCAAGCCUGUCUGGAGUUCACUGCAGAGUAUUUGAGUGAGUUUGUGACUUCAGCUGAACCAGGUUAUCGCCACACAAGACCUGACCUGUCCUCUCGACGUGGACGGGAACAGUGGGAGAAACUGGUCUGUGAUGCAGUUAUCAACCCAAUAAUCCAGCAUCUAAGGAGGAAACUGUCUGAAGCUCAGGUCAGUAUCAGUGCAGAUGACAGGCUGGGUGGAAGCCCACUGAUGAGACUACUCUAUGCGGACCCCCGACCCAUGCUGCCCCUGCUGCCCUCCCACUCAGACUGCCCCACACACCACUCCUCCUUCUGGAGUCUGUCUGAAACCCUCACCGUGGAGCACUUCUCUCAGAGAGUGGACCAGGAGCAGGGACGCAACACCGUACCCCUCCUCAAACUCUUCCUAAAGAAGGUGCUGUGUGUGAGACAGCUCCACCAUCUACCAGAGCUGGCUGCCUUACAGGCGGACUUGUCCAGAAUGUUUCCCCUGACAGCUGAGAUGACCAGUCAGAGUAUUGCCCAGGUGUUGCAGCACAUACCAACAGGGUACCAGAAGAAAGUGCUGCUUGGGAGAAUGAAGGUCUUCAUGAAUGUGUGGAACUGCCUUAGGAUGGACGUGGCCAACAAUGCAGAUUUAGGUGUGACACCACAGGUUUGUGAGAAGGAGCUGACCAUGGAGAGCUCUGGGGAGUUCCUGUCACCCUGUCGUCACGGUCCAGGGUCCUGCCUCCAGAUUCUGGUCAAAUUCCUGUUAGAGACUCACAACAGCUUGGUCAGAGAGGUUAGGAGACUCAGUCACCAUGACAACAGUGCCUACAGUGUUCCUUUGGAGGGGGUAUCAGAGACACAGUUGACCCUGUGCCACCCUGAGAGGGAGCUGCUCCCCCUGGUGUUAUCCCACUGUCAUUACACCCUGAGGACACACAGGGAGACAGACAGCUGCUACAACCUGAUGGACAUCCAGGCACAACUGGCCCGCCGCUUCCUAGCUGGGAAACCAAGCAUCCAAGCUGACACCUCAAGGUACUUGAACAGACAUCAGCAAGACUUCUCAGUAGUCCUUGAUGAAGUCAGGGCUAAGAUACCUCAGGAGUCGCUGAAGGGCUCCGUUAGCUGUGCUAUGAGGACAGGACUGUGUUCAUACACUGAUGUGUGUGACGCUGUGUUUGCGGUGGAGAUUGGCCUGCGGUUCCUGGGGAAGACUAGCGGAGUGCCCCAAGCACCACUCUUGUCCUACCUGACUGAGUCGCUCAAGAUGGGCCCACAUAUCUCUAGCAGUGUAGCCAAGGUCCUUGGAGAGAGCAGACUGGAACACAGCACAUUCACCUGGCAGCUCCUUACCUGCUGGAAGUCUGAGCUGAUGCUGAGCAGAGGACAGGACCCGUUCCAGAGGCUGCCAUCAGAGUUCCAGCAGAAGUUAUCCGAGGAGGAGAGGAGAGAGCUGAGGGUCUUCUUCAGUGGGACAGACAUUGACAUACUCUCCCUGGAGCUGCAUGAAAUCCUCCUCCUGAAGACCAACACUCAGGCUUUUUCAGACGAGGCUUAUCUACCACACUGGGACAUCAGGUCUACUCUAGACAACCAUCUGGAUAAGAAGAGACUCCCACCCAUGCCUGGACUUGACUCCCUACCAGAGGACAUCACUCUGGACAAAGGGGCAGAUAUGUGGAGAAUGGCUGUAGAGUUUAGAAAGAGAUAAGAAGAGGCUGCUGGUUUCGAUGGUUGUUUAUUUUUACAUUGUGGCCAAUGAAAGUAUCUUAACAGAGUUUGAUUAUUCAGCAAAUACAAAGUUUGAAUCCGAACAAGGACCAAUUAUGUGCGCUUGAGCAAGGCACUUUAACUUAAUUGCUCCUGUAAGUCGUGCUGAAUAAGAGAGUCUGCCAAAUUACUAAAAUGUCAAAUGUAAUUAUGAUUAUUUCCUUCCUAAUGAUUACAUAUUAGGCUAUCUCUAGUUCCUCGGCUAACUUCAUAUAGGCAAUUAUUCCCACAGUCUUGUGUGUGAAUAUUGUCCAUUAUCUCUAAAGACCCUGUACUAGUUAACACCCAUCCAACCUUUACCCAGCAGUAAAAAGGGGUUUCUAGUAGCCUGUAUGUUUCUAUGCGUUGUUGGUCCACCAAAAUAAAGAUGUUCUAUUACAGCGAGUAACAUUAUAUUGUCUAUUUUACUUGUUUUCAUAUGUUCUACUUGAAAAGAUAUAUAUAAAUGAAACAAAUGUUCAAAUUACCAUAAACCGUGUUGAAACGUGCGUUGGUUAGUGCUCCCAUGAAUUAAACUAAACCGAUUUAAAGCUUA